AUGAACUCGAGCAAGAAUAUCCAGGAAACGAACAGCGAGACGGAGGAAGAACUAUCCCCGAUCAUCACCAGUUACGACCCCACCCCACUCCUACAUGGCGGCCCAACAACAACAACAGCAGCAGCCGGACCGACGGGCCAAGCAGCACAACAAGACCACCACCAUUACCAUCCGCCGGCGAAACAAGGGCAGACGAACUGGAAGUCAGAUACGCGCAAGUUCCGGAUCCAGGGGUGGGAUCCGGUGCUGAUAAUCUCGCAGAUCCUGGCCAUCCAGGCGCUCCAUUACCUGCUCCUCUCGCUCAUCACCCCUCCGCUCCUACGCGCCUUCGCUAGACCCGACCAGCUCGAACUCGAAGGAGGCUCCCAGAACGUCGCAAUGAUCAUCGAUUGGAGAGCCAUGGCCGGCGCGACUACCUUGCAUUCCCCACACGCUCAUCGGCUCGACGGCGCCGCCGGGUUCGGCAGAUUGCCUAACUCCCUCGGCCGUAAACCGUUCAGAAUCGGUAAUCGACUUCCCUCUCUCCUCAAUCAUCCACCAAACCCUCAACAUUCUCAUCUCAAUUCUUCUACCCCCGAUUCCUCGGCUGAUCCCGGCUUGCUCGAUAAAAUCUCCCGCGGACUCGGCCCCGAUUGGGUCCCCCAAAACUUGAACUACUCUGCCCGCCAUGCCGAGCUUUAUUAUGAUUCGAAUCGAUCCUGGGUGAUCUCCUCAGCAUGGUUAAUAUCCUCACUAAUAGGGGUAUUAAUAUUAUACGAGAUUGUAAGAAGGCCGAAGCAAAUCAUGGACCACUCCUUGACGAUCUGUCUGAACCACCUGAUCCUGAGCACAUACUAUUCGGCCCAUCUGCCGUCGUCGCUAUGGUUCUACUUCGUCCUGCUCCUCUCCGCCGUCCUGCAGAUCCUGCUCACCGAACACCUCUGUGUCCGCCGCGAGUUCAGGGACGGCCUCGGCGUCGGCUGGAAGGUCGAUCAUCGCCCCGACGAUUCUUGA